AUGACCCGAUUCACCCAAAACCCUACAGUAAUUUCCAUGGAAAGAGACCAUUUCUCCUGGAACACCUCUUUUCCAGCUGCAACAAUUUGCCCUUCUAACAGAUUCGACGAAGAAAAACUGGACGCUUACGUUGAAAAAUCCUCUGCAAAAAACAAAACUUAUUUAAAGUUGUUUUUGCAGUCGCUUUCAGAGGCAACUUACACCAAUUUUGAGAAUGUUUUGCCCUAUUACGAUAUUCCAGCUUCGGAGUUUUUAAAUAUUUUGAUGGAAAUACAGUUUACUUUUAAACCAUAUGUUACGAAUUCUGGUUUGACUGGAAGUCAGUAUAACUUAACGCAGAUUAUGUCAGAAAUGGGUAUAUGUUAUAGUUAUAAUAGCGAAUUGGCUAUCUAUAAUUCCCCAGGAACCGAAUGCAGAAUCAACAUGGCCAAUAGGCUUUGUGGUUGUGUACCUCACUUUUACAGACAAUUAGCUAGUGACAAAGUUUGCAAUGUGUCUGGCUUACACUGCCUCUCAAGAUAUAAAGAACAAUUAAUACAAGGUAAUUGUCAAUGCAUAGCAAACUGCGAUGAAGUGAAUUAUUUUGUUGAAGAAUUUGACACGAGGGAAUGGUUUCUAGGGUCAAAUUUGCAGUGGGGCUUGAAGUACCCCAAGAUGAGACUUAAGAGGAAUGUUAUAUUUGGGUUCUCAGACUUCUUAGUUUAUAUUGGUGGUAUAGCGGGACUCUUUUUGGGUUGCAGCGUUUUAAGUUUUAUAGAAAUCGUUUAUUUUUUUACUUUGAGGUUAUAUUGGUUUAUUGUUAAAUAUCACCAUCACCAUCAGGGACGUAACUGA